GCUCUUGCUCUGAAGAAAAUGGCAUCUGGGAGAUCACAGAAACUAGAGGAGAAGCUAGCAUGCUGUAUUUGUUUAGAGAUGUUUACUGCCCCUGUGACUACACCCUGUGGGCACAGUUUCUGCGAGAAGUGCAUCAACAGCUACUGGGACAAGGAGGCACAAGGACCCGCAGAACAGAAAGUCUACUUUUGUCCUGAAUGCCGGAAAGAUUUCCCCGAGAGGCCAGAACUGAGCAAGACAGUUCAGUUGGACAGCCUGGUGGAGCUGCUCAGGCAAGGAGACACACAGGCCCCUGGAGUAGAGCUGAGCACCACUGUGCAAAGGAGGGGAUGCCCAAGGCACGGCCGGCCCUUGGAGCUGUACUGCAAGAAUGAGAAGCGGGGCAUCUGCUGUGAGUGCACCCUGAAGGAGUGCCAGAACCACAUCAGAGUCCUCUUUGAAGAUGAGCGGAAAACGAAGGAUGAGUCUUUGAGAAAAACAUUGGAGGAUACCCAGAAGGAGGCAAAAAGGAUUGGAGAAGAAAUUCAGAAACUGGAGCAACAAAUAGCUGCUGUUAAGGAUUCUUCACAGCAAUUCAAAUCAAAGGUUUUGCAAAAGUUUUGCCAUAUUAUGGAAGCCCUAAAGGGAUGCCAAAGAAAGGCAGUGGAGAGAAUUGAAAGCGAGCAGGCUCUUGCGCUCGGCCAGUUGGAGGAGAGCUGGAAUCGGCUGCAGCACCAGUUGGAAGUUCUUGCUGAACACGAUAAGAAGGCCAAAGAGCUGCUCAGCUGUCCUGAUAAUGUCAAGUUUCUGGAGGAGCUGCCAUACCUUCUUCCUCCUGGCAACUCAGAAAAUCCUCCACCUCUUGAAUUUGAUUUGGCCACCAGUGUCCUCACCAUCACUCAACUGCUCAAUGAAGUCUUCAGGCUUUUGCAAGUAGCUGCCUCAGAUCCCAUUACUCCACCAGUGGCUGACACAAAAAGUACAGUCUCAAUGGAGCCAAAGAUAAUUGAGAAGAAAGUUGGACUACGUCUUCCAGACAACGAGUUGAGAAUGUGCCUUUUGAAAUAUCAGCAGAACCUGACUUUUGAUCCAAGCACAGCAAACAAAUACCUGCGGUUGUCUGAUCUCGACCGGAAGGCUGCACAUCCUCAAGACUUUCAAAAAAUGCCAAAUGAACCUCAGAGGUUUGAGCCUUGGCAGGUGAUGUGUGUCCAGAAAUUCAGCCAAGGCAGUAACUACUGGGAAGUCAAGAUAUCGGGGCAGUCCGCCAUUGUUGGCGUCGCUUAUGAAAGAAUCUCGAGGAAGAAAUGGGGCAGGCAAAACUUCACUAUUGGGCAGGACCAGCUCUCCUGGGGCCUGCAUGUCCAAGAAGACUGCUAUGUGGCUUGGCACAACGGUGAACCUACUAAGAUCAAAGAGCCUUUGUGCAAGUUCAUUGGCAUGUCUUUGAACUGUGACCACGGGGUCCUGAGCUUUUACGGUGUAGAUGACAACAUGAAGCCCUUGCACUCAUUUGACACCAUCUUUUCAGACCCACUUGUCCCAAUUUUUUGGCUGUGUGAAGGCACAACUAUCACCCUUUGCCAAAAGGCAGAAGCCCAAGGCCAAAAUGAUGGGAUGCCUGCAGACAUACAAACAACUCUCACCACUGUGGCGAAACAAGGAGAUAAGCAGACUGCUACAAAACAGUGAUAGUGAUUCUUUGUAGCCUUCAAGAUGCCCAGGUUUGUAGUGGUCUGUGUGUUUUUCUCCUUUGUAAGAUCAUCCCCUGAGACAUUACCAAUUUCUGUCUCUUGCAACUAAAGUUGUAACUAACAUGCAACUUUGAGAGUACUUACUAAUCACUAAGAAACUAGACAUAGAAGUUGGCCUAUCUUAGCCAUCUGUUUCUUGAUGUAACAUCCUGGGGAAAAUGUGGCAUUCUAAAAUUCUUACCUUAUUUUAAGAAACUCAGCAGUGAAAGUGGAUCAGGUAAGUGAUUACAGGAAGCCUCCAACUUACAAACAUCUUACAUAUGACUCCUAGUUACGAACGUAUCUGUGGAUGUGGGCGGGGGGGGGGGGAGGUACUAGGUCGACCAGCCAGCAUCGCAUGUUGGGUCUUUUGCAGUGUAUGUUGUGGCUCAGCCAGAUGAAGAGGAGGGGUUUGGAGGUUCAGGGCCUGAUGGUUCUGCAGGUGAGCAAACAGACGUUGUUUUAGAGCAAGAUGGUUCUGCAGCUGAGGGAAUGGAAUGGGUUUUGGAGCAAGAUGCUGUUGCUGAGGCAAAGUGUGAGAGUGAAACUGUUUUGGAAGCCAACAGGCAGGGAGGGGAGGAUAACAUUAGUUCAUCUGAGGAAGUAGCUGGGCUUAGAGAUACCAGGCUGCUUCUGAGGGGACAGAGAUUCAGGUGCAGAAAAACCCAUGAGAAAGAGAGGCAGAAGCAGGCCUCUCAAGGUCAAAGGAAUGUGUUCAUGUUUUGCAGUCCUUAAAUUAGUGAGAGCUGUUACGAUUUUAGAUCAAGCAACGUCACUACUGGAGUGAGGAACUCCUGUCUUGUUCUUGGUUCAUGCCUUAGUUCAAGACCCAAGCUUCGUGAUCACGUUUUGCUUCUUGUUUUAUGGGUUUACCUUUGGGUUCAUGCCCAUCUUCUGCUCUUGGUUUCCUGGAUUAAUGUUCAUGUUUUAACCAUUGUUUUCUGGAUUUACCUGCUUUUUGGACUUGCUUCCUUUAUUAACACUUGGAUUUUUACCCUUCUAUUUGCUUAAGGUGCCUUUGGUCCUUUUUAUAUGUGUUUUAUCAAUAAACUGUUUAUUGCCAUGUUUGGUUCCUUGAUGAGUGCUGUGAGCAAGGUGAACUCCUGCUGAGGUGCAACAGUGUAAGAGAUGUAGUUUUAGAAACUGCUCUCCUUCCCAAUUUCUCGUGUAUGAGACUAGAAGAUAAGACCGGUGUUUGGCAGUCACCCAGCACUUAAGACCUUGAGACAUAGCUAGCUACCCUUCAAUUGUUUACUUGCUUUGUAUGUGAGCCCAUAGAAAUACAAUAAGUGAAAGUGGGCCAGUAGUGAGAAAAGACAAAACUUUAUAACCAAUUAGAAAUGUACUGUUUCGAUCUGCUUCACCUCCCAGAAAUCCUAACAGCUGGUAAGCUGACUGGGAUUUCUGGGAGUUGUAGGCCAAAACACCCAAGUACCUACCGGUUGAGAAGCACUAGCUUCUAAUCUAAGAAAUGUUUAAAACCCAUAAGAGGGUCUCUCCCAGGCUUAUAUUCAGGAGGGUGACUUUAAUAAUAAAUGGGUACAUCUAAUAUGAAAUCAAACUGGGAUUGUGGCACAGCUGGCUGAGUGUCAGCUGCAUUAAGAUCACUCUGACCAAAAGGUCAUGAGUUCGAAGCCGGCCCGGGUUGGAGUGGGCUUCCAACUAAUUGUGUAGCCUGUUGUUGACCUUUGCAACCCGAAAGACAGUUGCAUCUGUCAAGUAGGAAAAUUAGGUACCACCUUGUGUGGGGAGGCUAAAUUAACUAAUUUACGAGGCCAUAAAAAAGACUCCAGCAAAGCACUCCAGCAAAAGAAUGCGGGGAAUGCGGAAGUACUUCAUCAGUGUCGCAGAUGGACGAUGAAAGCGACAGCUCCCCUGGCGGCCAGAAAAAGUUAAAUAGCCUCUGUGUAUGUCUGUAUACGUUGAAUGUCAAAUUGGCAUUGAAUGUUUGCCAUAUAUGUGUACAUUGUAAUCCGCCUUGAAAGCAGCAGUGCCGGGGCAGCAGCGGCAACAACACGACGUUCAGCCUGCAAAGGCUGAAUGGCCACCUGAUAGGAGUGCCUUGAUUGUGCUUCUCCCUUAUGGCAGGAGGUUGGAUAUACAUCCUGCAUAUCAGAGAUUUACAUAAUGAUUCAUAACAGUAGAAAAAUUACAGUUAUAAAGAAGCAACAAAAAUAGUGUUAUGGUUGGGGGUCACCACAACAUGAGAAACUGUAUUAAGGGAUCAUGGCAUUAGGAAGGUUGAGAACCACUGUACUACUGGCUGUUAGGUAUUGUGGGAGCUGAAGUCCAAAACACAAGGAGGGCCCAAGCUGGCCCAUGCCUGCUUUAAAGAAAAGCAAUGACAUUUAAUUCAAUUGUAAUGUUUCACAUAUUUGUAGAUUUGAAAUUGCAUUGAAAUGUAAGCUGCUUUGGCCCCUUCCACACAGCUGUAUAAAAUCCACACUUAACUGGUUUAUAUGGCAGUGUGGACUCUGAUAAUGCAGUUCAAAGAAGAUAUUGUGGAUUAUCUGCCUUGAUAUUCUGGGUUAUAUGGCUGUUUGGAAGGGCCCUUUCAGAGCCCUAUAUCCCAGGAUUUGAUCCUAGGUUUUCUGUUUAUCCCAGAUUAUCUGGCAGUGCAGACUCAAAUAAUCCAGUUUAAAGCAGAAAACCUGAGAUCAGAUCCUGGGAUAUAGGGCCUGUCUGGAAGGGCCCACAGUCUCCUUGUGAAGGCAAAAAGUGGUGUAUAAAUAAACAUAAUAAUAAUAUUGUAGAACAGAAA